CUCGGCUUCCGGCCGCUCCUGAUUCCGCUUCCGGUCCGUCGCGGGCGUCUCGUCUGAGGGUCACAUUGAGCUACCUGCGUUUUGAGGGGGCGCUUUAGGAAUCACCACCAUGGCAGAAGACAUCAAGACCAAAAUCAAGAACUACCGAACUGCUCCUUUUGACAGCCGCUUCCCCAACCAGAACCAGACCAGGAACUGCUGGCAGAACUACUUGGACUUCCACCGCUGUGAGAAGGCGAUGAAUGCCAAAGGGGGCGACGUCUCCGUGUGUCAGUGGUAUCAGCGUGUGUACAAGUCCCUCUGCCCCGUUUCCUGGGUGUCGGCCUGGGAUGACCGCCGGGCAGAAGGCACAUUUCCUGGGAAGAUCUGAAUUGGCCCUCGCUUCUCUCUUGGGAUCCUGACUCUUGACUUAAUUAAUAAUAAAAACUCACUGAACACGUGUAA